CAGCUAUAAGGGGCCAUGCCCCAAGCAGGGUAUCCAGGCUGCAGAGGUACCAUGGCCAAGUCACACCUGCUGCAGUGGCUGCUGCUGCUGCUGCCCACGCUCUGUGGCCCAGGCACUGCUGCCUGGACCACCUCAUCCUUGGCCUGUGCCCAGGGCCCUGAGUUCUGGUGCCAAAGCCUGGAGCAAGCAUUGCAGUGCAGAGCCCUAGGGCACUGCUUACAAGAAGUCUGGGGACAUGUGGGAGCCGAUGACCUAUGCCAAGAGUGUGAGGACAUCGUCCACAUCCUUAACAAGAUGGCCAAGGAGGCCAUUUUCCAGGACACGAUGCGGAAGUUUCUGGAGCAGGAGUGCAACGUCCUCCCCUUGAAGCUGUUCAUGCCCCAGUGCAACCAAGUACUCGACGACUACUUCCCCCUGGUCAUCGACUACUUCCAGAACCAGAUUGGCUCAAAGGGCAUCUGUAUGCACCUGGGCCUGUGCAAAUCCCGGCAGCCAGAGCCAGAACAGGAGUCAGGGAUGUCAGACCCCCUGCCCGAACCUCUGUGGGACCCUCUGCCAGACCCUCUGCCGGACAAGCUGGUCCUCCCCGUGCUGCCCGGGGCCCUCCAGGUGAGGCCUGGGCCUCACACACAGGAUCUCUCUGAGCAGCAAUUCCCCAUUCCUCUCCCCUACUGCUGGCUCUGCAAGGCUCUGAUCAAGCGGAUCCAAGCCAUGAUUCCCAAGGGUGUGCUAGCUGUGGCAGUGGCCCAGGUGUGCCGCGUGGUACCCCUGGUGGCAGGUGGCAUCUGCCAGUGCCUGGCUGAACGCUACUCUGUCAUCCUGCUCGACAUGCUGCUGGGCCGCAUGCUGCCCCAGCUGGUCUGCGGCCUCGUCCUCCGGUGCUCCAUGGAUGACAGCGCUGGCCCAGGAGAAUGGCUGCCGCAAGACUCUGAGUGCCGCCUCUGCAUGUCUGUGACCACCCAGGCCAGGAACAGCAGCGAGCAGGCCAUACCACAGGCACUGCUCCAGGCCUGUGUCAGCUCUUGGCUGGACAGGGAAAAGUGCAAGCAAUUUGUGGCUCAGCACACGCCCCAGCUGCUGACCCUGGUGUCCAGGGACUGGGAUGCCCACACCACCUGCCAGGCUCUCGGGGUGUGUGGGACCACGUCCAGCCCUCUCCAGUGUAUCCACAGCCCCGACCUCUGAUGAGAACUCAGCUGUCCAGGUGAGUCCAGGCAGGACACACGCACAGUCCCUCUCUGGUCCUCAUCCUCCUCAGCUGCAAAGGAAGAGCCAAGUGAGACGGGUUCUGGGACCAUGGUGACCAGGCUCUUCCCCCUGCUCCCUGGCCCUCGACAGCUGCCACACUGAAAAGAAGCCUCAGAUCCCACACCACCCUCCUCGCCGCCCUUCCUCGGGAGUCACUUCCACUGGUGGACCACGGGCCCCCAGCCCUGUGUCAGCCUUGUCUGUCUCAGCUCAACACAGUCCGACGCCAGAGCCACUUCCAUCCUCUCUGGUGUGAGGCACAGCAAGGGCAGCAUCUGGAGGAGCUCUGCAGCCUCCACGCCUACCACAACCUCCCAGGGCUGGGCUCAGGAGAAACCAGCCACUGCUCCACAGGACAGGGAGUAGAAGCUGGGCCCUGCCUCACACCCACCCCCAUGCACUCAAAGACUGGCUUUUACAGCUAUUUGUAAUUCAAAAUUCGGAAGAAUAAAAAAUGGGAACAUAUAGAACUCUAAAAGAUAGACAUCAGAAAUUGUUAAGUUAAGCUUUUUCAAAAAAUCAGCAACUCCCCAGCGUGGUCGAGGGUGGACACUGCACACUCCGGCAUGAUGAGAUGGCGACCGGGCAAGCUUUCUUCCUCGAGAUGCUCUGCUGCUUGAGAGCUGUCGCUUUAUUAAGAUAUAAAAAGGGGUUUUCUUUUUGUCUUUCUGUAAGGUGGACUUCCAGCUUUUGAUUGAAAGUCCUAGGGCGAUUCUAUUUCUGCUGUGAUUUAUCUGCUCAAAGCCCAGCUGGGUUUGUGCACGCUAGGGACCCAUUCCUGUGUAAUGCAAUGCUUGCACCAAUGCUAAUAAAGUCCUAUUCUCUUGUAUGAGAAAGAAAAAGA